UAAUUGCCCUAUAAAUAAAUUAAUGAAUAAAACUUUAUGACGCAGGUUAUUCACAUUGGUCAAUUUAGCACCUGUUCACGGUAUUCAAAGUUCAAUAACUGAUUUUACAUGCCUGCUGCCGAGAUAUCAAAAGGUAUCUAACCGUUAUCUUAUCGAGUCACAAUUUCGGAACUGCACUAAUCAUUGCAUAUGCGUUUUGUUUUUGGCAACAACCGUUAAGUGCAGUUUAAUCACAACGAUGAAUCGUAGUGGCACCAGAAAUCAACCUGAGGAAGCAGAUAUCCCUCUGCGACGUCGUAAUUCUGAACAGCGGAACGACUCAAGUGAUGGCGACGUGGAAAGGUUCGCGCAGAAAAUCGACGUCCACAGCUACACAGGACUAACGACCAUCCUGGCCGUCAAUCUGCAACAGCUGUAUCUGCUGUUUACCGUAGGAUCCGACCUUGGUGCAAUGUUUUAUAUUCUGACCACAUUGUCUUCUAUCUCUGCCAUUCUUGUGAUUACAUUGAUACCCAUCCGAUACGUUUUGGAAAAAGGAAACCCAGCCCAAAUUCUGUACUACACAAGCCUGGCGCUCAAUAUUAUAAUUUUAGUACUCAAUCUAGCCUUGCAAACUUUUGAUCAAACCAUUGAAAAAUGCCAAGUGCUUCUGAAUCAACCAUUACCUCCAGUGCAGAUUAGUGAUAACAUUCCAAAGAAGUAAACAUUCAUGU